GUUUCCCAAAACCCGUGGCGUAGUUGCUCUCUCUAGAUUUCGUUAUUCCUGUACUUCACCCAGGACCUUGUCUGUCUCAAAUAAAAUUUGCAAAUGCAAAGAUAUGUGCGUUAGAGAGAGAAAAUGCAUUUGAGAGAUAAGAACAGCUCAAAAUUAGAGAGCCCCAAUAGCCCAGAGACAUGUGUUUUAGAGAGAGAAGGAUGGUGGAUGAUGCAUGGACAGAGAAAAGGCUUUUAGAGAGAGAGAGAAACGAGUUUGUAGUCUCAACCUCAUUUACGAUUGACUUGGAAUCUGGGAAAGAUUCAGUAAUUGAAUGAAAGCCUGUGGGUGAAGAGAAUCUUCGCCAUGGUGACCAACCCACAGGGCUCUCUCUUGUUUCUCUCUCUUCACUCACCCACAGUCCCUCUCUUGUUUCUCUCUCUUCACUCACCCACAGUCCCUCUCUUGUUUCUCUCUCUUCUUAAUCUCAUCCUUUCCAUUUCUAGCUGUGUGGGAAUCUCGGACAACUUUCUCUCUCUUGUUUCUCUCUCUUCUUAAUCUCAUCCUUUCCAUUUCUAGCUGUGUGGGAAUCUCAGACAAGUGCUGCUCUAUCUCUUUUGACUUAAUUUAUGUCCUUCUCUGGUACAUGUUUGGGAAUCCCAAGAAUUAGGGACAUAGAGCCUUUUCUCACUCUAGGACAAAUCCUAAGAGCUUCUUCCUCCUUGAAAUAAUCCACAGUAGAGCUAUAAAACACAUGAUGGGUUCUUUUGAUUUUUCUGGGUCCUUGUAAAAGUCCUUUUCCAUGGCUUUUUGAGGCCUGUUUUAUGGAUUUCUGCUGCAAUAAAAGUGGGUUUUUUUGGGGGUGUUCUUGAGUGGUUUCUCAGUCUAGCAAAUGGGUCUCUUUUAUUUUAGAGCUCUAAGGGAUUCUUGAUGGGUUUUUUUUUAAUUAUUCUCUUGUGCAAGUGGGCCUUUUGAUUGAGUUCUUUAGUGGGGUUUUUCUGGAGGAUUACCCUGCAAUUGGUUUUCCUGCCGAGAUUUCUUUCCACUCAGUUUUUGAUGGAUUCUCUCUUUCUUUCUUUCUUGCCACUCAGUGUUUGAUGGAUUUUCUCUCUCUUCGUUCUCUCUAGUGAGAAGAGGAACUUGGCUUUCUGAAGAAGAAGACCCAUCAAUGCAAGAAGCUGUCAAUCCUCAAGAGUCGCUCUUUGGUUCUCUAUCCGAAGCCAUGGAUUUCGAUUUCAUCGAUGAGGCUCUCGAUGGUGGAAGCUGGCUCGAUGCUGUGGACUGUUCGGAUCUCUCUCAACCAGGUCCCUCUACUUCUUCCUCCCUCCUUGAUCCCUCGUACUUUGUCUCUCCUGUUUAUAUCAAUACCCAGAACCCUCAAAACACAGACCAAGAUUAUCAAGAACAAGCUGUGAUUUUUGAAAACCCAAUGGAAAACCCUUCUGAAAAUCUUGAAACGCAAUCUAUGAAUCAUAAUUCGAUCUCGAAACUCGGCUUUCCUGAUUCUCAAUGGCCACCAAACUCCACCACCGGUUCGAUUAUGAAAAGAUGGGUGAACCCAAAUUUAGUUUCUCCAGUGAAUGAUAGGUUGAUGCAGGCCAUUCAAAUCAUAAAGGAGAGCACCAGCAAUGGCGACGUUCUUGUUCAGAUAUGGGUUCCUGUGAAAAAGGGGGAUAGCCAUGUCUUGACCACUUGCGAACAACCCUUUAUUCUUGAUCCCCGUAGCCAAACUCUUACUAGAUACAGGACUGUUUCCAUGAACUACUUUUUCUCAGCGGGGGAGGGUUCAGGAGGAGUUCUAGGAUUACCGGGUAGGGUCUUCUCAGGGAAAUUACCGGAGUGGACUCCAAAUGUGCAGUAUUACAGCAGCAAUGAGUACCCUCGUGUCAAUUAUGCUCAGGAAUUUGAUGUUCGAGGCACGCUCGCUCUCCCUGUUUUUGAGAAGGGUAGUCGGGCUUGCCUUGGCGUUGUAGAGGUCAUCAUGACUGACCAGAAGAUCAAUUAUGCGCCAGAGCUCGACAAGAUUUGCAGAGCUCUUCAGGCUGUUGAUCUCAGGAGCUCCGAGGUUCUGACUCCCCCAUAUGUAAAGGUCCGAAACGAUGGUUUCCAAUCCGCAUUUCCCGAGAUCCUCGACGUUCUAAAAGCUGUAUGUGAGACCCAUAGAUUACCAUUAGCUCAGACUUGGGUUCCUUGCAUUCAACAUGGAAAGAAAGGAAGCAGGCACACUGAUGAGAGCUACAAGGAUUGUGUGUCCACAGCUGAUGGUGCAUGUUAUGUUCGUGAUUCUGAGAUGACGGGUUUCCAAGAAGCAUGCUCUGAACACCAUUUAUUUAAAGGCCAAGGAGUGGCCGGAAAAGCAUUUGCCACUAACCAACCAUGCUUCUCGCCAGAUGUAACUUCCUUUAGUAAGAUGGAUUUCCCUCUUGUGCACUAUGCUAGGGUCUUUGGUUUGGGAGCUGCAGUCGCCAUUCGCUUGAAGAGCACAUAUACUGGAGCUGCUGACUAUGUUAUGGAGUUCUUUUUACCUGUAGAUUGUCGAGACAAUGAGGAGCAAAAGAUGAUGCUUAAUUCAUUGUCUGUUACCAUACAACAAGUUUGCCGGAGUUUGCGGGUUGUCACAGAUAAGGAGCUUGAGGAUGAAAUGAUGACCCAGGUUAAUGAUGUGUUUUGUUCAGAUAAGAUGGCAUCUAAAUCUAGAAAAGCAGAUGUAGAGAACCCAUCUGGGGAUUUGAACAAAUCGAGCUCUGGGGUUGGAGCUUCUUGGAGAGAGAAAACCGGGGUGUUUUUGUCUUCCAUGCCUUCGGGAUUUCAAGAGGGGAGAGAUAUUAUGGUUGCACAAUCUUGUCAUUGGGGUAGCCCUCGGGUCUCGUGUCAUGAAGGGGGACGUUUUUUUAAAGUGGAGCAGCAUCAAGAUUCAGCGAACAAUAGUGCGGAUAGAGGCCAGUCUUUUGUUGGUGAGUUGGAUUUUUCAAAUGCUGGAAAGGGGCCUGAAAAGAGGAGGGCGAAAACAGAGAAGAAUAUCAGCUUGCAAGUUCUUAGACAGUAUUUUGCUGGGAGCUUGAAAGAUGCUGCGAAAAGCAUUGGUGGUAAGUGUCUGCACCUGUCAAUGACUUCAGAAAAUCAAACAGCAAAUUUUUGUGGUUUGCCCUCUUGGUACCAUCAUUUGGGCGAUACAUUCACAUGCUAGUUACUGUAGUGAAUGAGUAACUUUGCCCUUCAGAUCUUUGGCAUACGUAUAACAUGAACUUUCUCCCAUAACUUCCUUUAACCCACAAUUUUCUUCUCAUAUUUGAACUCCAUGACUGUUGUCUUUCUUUGGCAUUAGGAAAUAAUCAUUAGAUUGACUCAAAUUAUUUCGACAGAAGGUAGUCAUGCAUAUUUUACUUGUUUGGAUGGUAAUUUGCUCUCUUUGAUUAUCUAUAUAAAUCACCCUUUUCAUGACCUUGGACCAUGUGGAAUGUUGCUAUUUGAUUGACCCUCUGGUCUUCUACAUUAAAGCUUCCAUUUAUGUUUCUUAGGCUGGACUUUAUUUUUUCUUUCCAUGCACUGCAUGUUAAAGAAAUGUUC